AUCAAACUAACCCGGUCUGCAUGGCGCUGUCGUCUCUCAGCCGUUUAGUUUUCCACAUAAAAGCUGCAAAGGAGACUGUGCGCCUUUUCGGGAUUUGGCAACAUGGGGCUGGUCCUGUCAGGAUACCUGUCAACCAAGGAGGACCCCAGUGCAUCUCUGUCCAGUGUCACUGUUGCUCUGUGCCUUCUUACUCUCCUACUGAUGGCAAUCAGGGCAAAACAGAGCCAGAGAUUUUUCUUCCCCUACCACCAUGACUCCCACUUGGACCGGGCAAAGUUCCUCACUCUGCCAGGCCCCAACCCCUGGCCCCUUGUGGGCAAUCUGCUCCAGGUGGGGGACCAGAUGCAUCUCUCACUAACUCGCCUGGGACUGCAGUAUGGAGAUGUUUUCAAGAUGCGCUUCGGCUCUUUAACGGUGGUCAUUCUCAGUGGGUACGCCACCAUCAGGCAGGCGCUGGUUCGUCAGGGGGAAGAUUUUGCAGGACGACCCGAACUUUUCACUUUUUCCGCCGUAGCCGACGGGACCAGCAUGACCUUCAGUGAGAAGUAUGGACCCGCAUGGCUGCUCCAUAAAAAGCUGUGCAAAAAUGCCCUCAGGUCCUUCUCCCAGGCUGAGCCGAGGGGCUCAGGGGCCACCUGCCUCCUGGAGGAGCAGGUGUGCGCUGAAGCUGCUGAGAUGGUGGAGGUGAUCCGGAAGCAAGCUGCCAAGAGCAACGAGAUGAGGGGUAUAGAUCCGGCGAUAUCCUUGGUGACCUCCGUGGCGAACGUUGUGUGUGCCCUGUGUUUCGGGAGAAGAUAUGACCACAAUGACCAGGAGUUUCUCACCAUUGUCAACAUCAACAAUGAGGUCCUGAAACUCUUUGCAGCGGGGAACUUGGCGGAUUUCUUCCCAGUGUUUCGCCACUUUCCCAGCCCUUCUCUGAGAAAAAUGGUCCAGUACAUUCACAGAAUGAACGGAUUUAUGGAGCGAAGGAUCCAGGAACACAUCAACACCUUUGAUAAGAACUGCAUCCGGGACAUCACAGAUGCUCUGAUUGCGCUUUGUGACGGCAGAGAAGAAGACGGGGACACGUCUCUGCUCUCUAACUCUCAGAUCAUCCACACCGUCAUAGACAUCUUCGGUGCAGGUUUCGACACCAUCAUCGCUGGGUUGCAGUGGAGCCUGUUGUACCUCAUCAAGUUUCCCGACAUCCAGGACGAAAUACAGCAGGAGAUAGAUGAACACGUCGGCUCAGCCAGACUUCCACGGUUUCCAGAUAAGCCCAGCAUGCCCUUCACUGAGGCGUUCAUAUUUGAGGUGUUUCGUCACUCCUCCUAUGUUCCUUUCACCAUCCCUCACUGCACCACAAGAGACACCAUCCUGAAUGGAUAUUUCAUCCCGAAGGACACGUGUGUCUUCGUUAACCAGUAUCAAGUCAAUCACGAUGUGGAUCUUUGGGGUGAUCCGGAGACAUUUCGGCCUCGCCGCUUCCUGGGCCCGUCUGGACAACUGAACAAGGAGCUGACUGAGAAGGUUCUCAUCUUCGGCCUGGGGAAGAGGCGCUGCCUCGGGGAUGGAGUCGCACGUUUGGAGAUGUUUGUGUUUCUCACCACGCUGCUCCACGGUUUGCGGAUUGAAAAUGUUCCUGGACAGGAGCUGGAUCUCAGUGCAGACUUUGGUCUGACCAUGAAACCACGUCCGUACAGGAUUAUGGUCUCCCCCAGAUUUUAGACCCUCUGCAGACCACAACUCCACAGAGAUGGUGGAAACUUCAUUAUGUUCACAGACUGGAGUUUUUCGUAUUGGU